AUGUCUACGUCCACGUCUACGAAGCGGCCUCAUCCAGGCGAUGGCGACCUUCCGGACGGCAACAAGCGACCGCGCUCAAACAAUGCCUCGCCCGCUCCGCCCAGCAAGCCGGAUAUCGCAAAGCAGAUCGCCGAAGCACGCGCGCGUGCCGCAGCACUGGUAGCAGCUAGAUCCGCUCCAGCUCAGCCUGCUGCUCAGCCUGCAGCUCAGUCUCCAGCAGAUGCGGCGCGCGCAAAGAUCGAGGCCAUGAAGGCCAGAGUCGCGGCCGCGACGGCGAAGGCGCAAGCACCGACUCAGCAGCGGACCGCAUCCCCCAUGCCUGCAUAUCAGCCUCCGGAGUUCGACGAGGGCCUUACAAGGGCAAGAGGCGGCUUGGGCAUCGGGCUGCAUCCGGCUCUGAUGGGGGAUGUUGGUCAAGCUGGAGCGAAGGGCAAGCAGGCUAUCCAGCCGAAAUUCGCAACGACCAUGGCGAACAGGCGGGCUGAGUCGCCGGUGCAGAGGCCGGGAAAGGAGAAGAAGCAGCUUGACCUCUCCGCACCCAGUCUGGAAGAACUGAGGAAGGAUCCUAAUUAUGAUGCCAAUCUUGCCGCGCAGUCUGGGCUCAGGAAUCGGCGUUCGAGGCAGCUUGUCUUCAACCAGAAAGGCAAGUAUAUCGCACAGGCCAGCGCUCUUCGCCGUCAAGCUGCUCUCGAGGCUAUGAAGAGGCGUAUUGCCGAGCAAGCCAAAAAAGUGGGACUGGACGAAGACAACGAGAAAGCGUUCCUUGUUCCUGCUCCUCCGGACAUUGAGUGGUGGGAUGAGAACCUUGUGGAUGGGAAGGACUACAGUGUCGUUGAGGACCCCGGGAAGAUCAAGGUCGACACCGCCGACUCCAUCAUCACCCGCUACAUCCAGCAUCCCGUCCUCCUCGAACCUCCGCAAGAGAAGAACAUGCCGCCACCAAAACCCAUGUUCCUCACCAAAACCGAGCAAGCCAAGAAGCGCCGCCAAGAACGCAACGCCAACCACAAGGACGAGCAAAUGAAAAUCCGUCUAGGCCUAGUACCGCCGCCGCCGCCCAAAGUCAAGAAAAGCAAUCUCAUGCGCGUUCUCGGUGAGCAGGCCGUCAAGGAUCCCACGGCCGUCGAGGCGCGCGUAAACCGUGAAAUCGCCGAGCGCGCUGCCAAACACGAGGAAGAAAACGAAGCUCGCCACCUCACGCACGAGCAAAAACUCGAGAAGCUUGCGAGAAACCAGGAAGCAGACGCUGCGAAGGGGAUUCAGGUUUGCGUGUUCAAGAUCGACAACCUCAGCUUCAAGAAGCACAGAUCCAAGAUCGACAUGAAUGCAAAGCAGCUGGCGCUCACGGGGAUUACCAUUCUGCAUCCGAGGAUGAAUCUGGUGAUCAUCGAGGGUGGGCCGCAUGCUGUCAAGUUCUACAAGAAGCUGAUGCUGAACCGCAUCGAUUGGACCGAAAAUGCUAUGCCUAGCAGUGUUCGAGAGGGGAACAAGGAGGCCGAAGCUGAAUUCCUCCAGGCGACGGACGAGAAGGGCGAGCUGAAAGACCUAUCGCACAACAAGUGUCAAUUAGUAUGGGAGGGCGAGGAGAGGGCACGGGCUUUCAGGCGAUGGGGUUCCCGAGUCUGCGAAACGGACACGGAUGCCAAGGACGCGUUGAGCAGGUCUAAGAUGGAAAACAUGUGGACCCUGGCAAAGAGCAUGAAAUGA